AAAGCGCCUCAAGAUGUUGCUGACUCAGCAGUUAGUUCACCUGACCACGCUAAUCCAGAUUAUUGUGAGCCAAUAUUUUUCGCCACUCUCCUCGCUGCUGAUCGUUCACAAUAGCACGUAUGCAACGCAUCUGCAGUUAGCGUACCUGGAUGCACUGCAACUGGCCUUGCGUAAUCUCAGCCGGCCAAUGUUGCUGCAGUGGAUCGACGUAGCCGAGCUACCCGAUGACGAGUCCCAGCCGGAUGCCAUUGAAUGGCAAGUCCUGCGCGCCGUUAACGCCAGCGUGACUGAGGGUUUUAUCACAGUGCUGCCGCAGACGGCGCGUUUUCUCCAUGCACGUUACUUUGCCACGCGCAACGCCAACGUGAGACUCAAGGAUAAACUGUAUUUGUUUUUGUGUGAGCAUGAAGAACCCAGGGAUUUCUUGAGCAUGGAUAUACUGCAAUUCUACCCACACCAUCUGAUGGUGCGGCCAGAAGAGCAGGCGAAUAAAGGAUGUGGCAGAGCAGACGUAGGUGGAUUUGUUGGCGGCAAUGGCGGGUUUGUCUGGGGCGGCUUGCCACACCCAUACCGCGACAUCAAUUUGGAGCUGUGGACACAAAAGUUUGUCGGUGCCAGUGGAAAUUCGGAUGCUAUAUUCUUGGACGCAUUCUUGCCGAACGAAACUUUUGCCAACCGAGCCGAACUUUAUCCGAACAAGCUGCGCAAUCUGCAGCGGCGCACGCUUCGCCUCGGCUCCAUUACUUAUGUGCCAUACACAGUUACUAAUUAUGUGGCAGCUGGUGUCGGCAAUAAGGAUCCAAUUAACCCGCAUAAGGCCAAUCGUACAAUUGCCUAUGACGGCUCCGAGGCAAACAUUAUGAGGACCUUCUGUGAGGUACACAACUGUCAUCUGCGCGUUGAGGCCUAUGGCGCUGAUAACUGGGGUAGCAUCUAUGACAACGAAACCGCCGACGGCAUGCUUGGCGAUAUUUAUAAGCAGCGCGUGGAAUUGGCCAUUGGCUGUAUAUACAAUUGGUACAAUGGCAUUACGGAGACCUCGCAUACCAUAGCUCGAUCUGCGGUGACCAUCUUGGGACCAGCUCCUGUUCCCUUGCAAGCCUGGUUCACCGACAUUAUGCCCUUCAAUGGCGGCACUUGGCUUCUGUUGAUUUCUACGAUUUUCCUCUGCAGCAUGGUUUUGUAUAUACUGAGGUACUCGAACUACUUGUUGGCGAAGCGCUUACGACAGAGACAAUUUGCGCAUGCAGAAAAUGUGGAAAAGUCGGCUCUAGAUAUAUAUGCACUCUUCAUUCAGCAGCCAUCGGCGCCCUUGACCUUUGAUCGCUUUGCUACACGCUUCUUUCUGGCCACUCUGCUGUGCGCCACUAUCACGCUGGAGAACAUUUACAGUGGGCAACUAAAGUCGCUGCUUACAGUUCCUCUAUAUGGCGCACCUGUGGACACGAUUGGGAAGUGGGCGCAGGCGCAGUGGAAGUGGGCGGCUCCCUCGAUUGUCUGGCUGCACACGGUGGAAAAAUCGCAUUUGAUUACGGAACAGAUACUGGCGGAUAACUUUGAGGUGCGAGACUAUAGCUACUUGUACAAUGCGAGCUUUCAACCCAACUAUGGACUGGGCAUCGAGCGUUUGGUCUCCGGCGCCUUCAAUUUCGGCAACUAUGUGACACGUGAGGCAGUGGAGAAUCGUAUUGUGCUGCACGAUGAUAUUUACUUUGACUGGACGCGCGCUGUAUCCAUACGUGGCUGGGCGCUGAUGCCACAGCUGAACAGGCACAUACGCGCCUGUCAGGAGUCAGGUCUCUAUGUUCACUGGGAGCUGGAGAACGUUGACAAGUAUUUGGAUAAGAAAACUGGCCAGAUACUCUUCAAUCAGGCCAGCGGCUAUGUGCCCAAAAAGGCGCCCAAGCCACUUGUUGUGGAUGACAUUUCCGCUGCACUGUUUGUGCUGGCCUUUGGAUUCACCAUUGCCGGCUGUGUACUUUUCCUGGAGCAUGUGCAUCAAUGGCUGUUGCACUUGCCACACCGGCGCAACUAA